AUGAAGCUUUUGUACCUUCUUGUGUUGGCCUUUGGCCCCAUCUUUGUUCUUGCCGAGCUCAACGCAUACGAAAUACUCAUGUUCUUCGACAUGUAUCGUGUCGAUUACGAAAAAGAUAACAGCAACUUCAAGGUUGCUAAAGGAUGCAAAGAUUGCAAUUUUGAGGACUUCGUUAUCCAUAUCGACCGCCUUGGGAUGGCUUCAAAUCUCGAUGGUCGUUUCGGAGACCUUAUGAACCCCAGCCUUGACGACGUAGAGGGUUGGGAGCAAAGAGAUGAUCUUGUCUACGAUGCAAAAAAGCUCCUUGGUGGACUAUGGCGCGACGAGGACACGAAAUCUCGCCCUGGUCAUGCUAUCGUAAUUGAGCGGCUUGUUGACUACAUGUCGAGCCUUCGCUCAAGUGGAGAUUCUGAACGCCUCAGCAGGAUUGUCACUGGAAUGCAAGCUGCGCAACUCAGCAGACGCAGCCUGCAGGCCAAAGCCAUGCUCGACUACAUAAAUGGCCGACUUAGCAAAGCCCGCGUGGGUUCUGCGAAAACGCAGUCCAUCUCCUGGCAAGGCGGAGACUUCGAUGAAUUCGACGCCAUAGCCACUAUUGAAGGAGUACAAUCCACAAAGCGAGGGGUCAUGCGCGCGGAGAUUGUUGCCAUUGCCAAGUCCAUCAACAACAACGAUCUCGAAAGCAGCCUCAAGAGAGAUAUCGGGAUGGGAAGCGGCCGUAGCAUCCAGAAGCGCGAAUUUGGCGAAGGACUGGCUAUCAUGGCGCUGCAACGAGGCAUCGAUUCGUUGAGUAUGCCAGCGCGCAAGAAAUGCUGA